AGUGUGUAGUUGGAGCGUUGGCUUUGGCUCUUCGCGUUCGUCGUCGUCGUCGUCGGUGUCAUCGCAGUUGAGCCGUCGUCGUUGGUGUUUUUUGCUGCUGCUGGCUGGUGGAGGAAAAGCGAGACUCGUGUGCCCACCACCGCCAACCACCUUUUCCCUCCCUCACAACACCACCGCGCAACCGGUUCACGCCACCGUGUGCACACCCGGAAAGUGCCAAGUGAAGUUGCUCUCGUUUUAAGCUAGUGAAAGUAAAGGCUAAAAAAGAACACUCAAAAUGUCUACCGUCGACAAGGAAGAGCUAGUUCAGAAGGCAAAACUUGCCGAACAAUCUGAACGAUAUGAUGACAUGGCACAGGCGAUGAAAUCAGUGACAGAAACCGGAGUCGAACUUUCAAAUGAAGAAAGGAAUUUACUUUCCGUUGCUUACAAGAACGUUGUCGGAGCGCGAAGAUCUUCAUGGCGAGUAAUAUCCUCGAUUGAACAGAAAACCGAAUCCUCUGUCCGCAAACAACAACUGGCACGAGAGUACCGGGAACGAGUUGAGAAAGAACUGAGGGAAAUCUGCUACGAAGUGCUGGGCCUGUUGGACAAAUUCUUAAUUCCCAAAGCCAGUAAUCCAGAGAGCAAGGUGUUUUACCUCAAAAUGAAGGGCGACUACUACAGAUACCUUGCUGAAGUAGCCACCGGCGAAACCCGCCACACCGUAGUUGACGAUUCCCAAGCCGCGUACCAGGAUGCCUUUGAAAUUAGUAAAGGCAAAAUGCAGCCAACGCACCCCAUCCGGUUGGGUCUCGCGCUCAAUUUCUCAGUCUUCUAUUACGAGAUCCUAAACUCUCCCGACAAAGCCUGCCAACUGGCUAAACAGGCAUUCGAUGACGCGAUUGCCGAGCUCGAUACGUUGAACGAGGACUCCUACAAAGACUCGACACUCAUCAUGCAGCUGCUGCGAGACAACCUGACGCUUUGGACGUCCGAUACCCAGGGUGACGGCGACGAACCACAGGAGGGUGGCGAUAAUUAACCAAACUAAAAUUAAAGCGAAACAAAACCACACAACCCAUACACACUACCAACACUCAAACAAAGACACACAUACACACAUACACGAACACGUACACACACACACAUACAGACGCGAUACUCUACACUGCAAACACACUCUUAAAGCAUAAUAGAAAUUCCUUUUGACUAUUGAUUAAUACGAGAACACAAGUGCGGAACGGAAUGGAUGCAAACCAGUAGAGAAGCGAGCGAAGAACCAGUCUAGCUUCCGCGAAAUAGAACAAGAUGAAGAAGAAAAAGAAAUCAUUCAAAUGCAGAAAGAACAAGAGCAUACUGCGUAACCGCGGCGUCUCAAAAUAGCCAAUGGCGUUGGAAAUGAGCAGCAGCAAGAGAAGCGUGAUGAGCAGAGGCAGAAGGACACAGAAAAAGAGAUAGAAAGAAGGUUGCGCUUGCGACUCGCAAAAAGGAUAUCAGUGCAAGAUGGAAAGGUAUUAAAAUGGCUUUUCAGCUUGUCAGCUGGCCCAAUCGUCCUGGCGGCUUCGCGGUGGCGAGGAAGAAAAACAAACGGAAUAAAUCAGUUCAAUUUAUUUUUGAGCGAAAAGAGAUAGCGUCACCAAGAAUGCCACAGAGCUUUAGCGCGAAGGAACGACGAAAAAGACGAAUCAUGCAAUUGUCGAGCGCGGGAUCAUAUCCUUCCUCGCCAGUCGUUCGUCCUUCGUCGUCGUUUUUCUCAGCGCUCGCGUGCGCGCGCAGUGUAUGUGUGUAAUGUCGGCUAUAAAGUCAGGAUAACAUGGUUUAAUUUUGAUGCUUUUAAGAAGCGCGGAAUAAAGGAUUGGUAUCACAACAACCGAACAAGUAAGAUAUGAUGGCGAGAGCAAGAAGAACAAGGCGCGUGGGCUGCGAACCGUUUGAAAGAAAGCUUCUUUUGGUGAACUUGUUUUCCUGCCGGUGCGCUUAGACGCCUGCUGGGGAGCACGAGACGCAAAUACACACACAUACCGGUAGAACGAGUGAAAUCGUGAAAGCUGCUGACACCCGCGCAAGCAGAAGAUCGUACGGAAGGGAGAGGCUUAGGGCUCAGGUUUUUGUCAGAUCAAUCAGAUCGAGCACGGAUAACGUGUUCACGCACCAAGAACCAGAGCGGAAAGAUCUUGAAGGAUGUGAAGUGUGGCAAAAAAGGCGAACAGCAAGCAAGCAAAAGAAGAACCAGGAGAAGAAGAAAAACUCAACAACUACAUGUUUAUAUGUAUGUUCUAUUGCUAUAGUCCCUUCUUCCCUUGAAUGGCCCUGAGAGAAUGUCGUCCUGUGGGGUGGAUAUUUAUAGAUAUUUAUGUGUGUUGUGUGUGGAGAUGUUUCCAAAAUUCCGUGGAACUUUUGUCCAUUGGUGUGCCGGGGGCAGUGUGUGUGUGUUGACCCGAGCGGGUAAUGUUGUGCUUUGGAAGCUCAGGCUGCGUGGCGCUGAAGAGAUACACUCCGUAUCCAGCCUCAUUUUCUCGUGUGGAAGUGUGCGUAGAUCUGCGUAGAUCCUUACCAGCGCUCGGUGUAGUGCAAAUGAUCCGAAGGAAAACGCAAGGAUCCUGUGGGGAAGAUGGCUAAGAUAUGAAGAAUCCACUUCAUCGUGAGCAAGCUGAAGAAGAAGAAGUACACAUUUAAACCUUCUCUGCUGCACUGUUUAUCAGAACAGGUGCAUAAUUGCCUCCCGCCCUCCCUCUCCCUUGUCUGUUUCCCCUUUUUUGUAAGAUGGAAUCAUUGAUCGAUAUAUGGCGGAGCAGAAUUUCUAUAGAUGUCUACAAAAAGCAAAACAAAAAUAAUCUAAAACCCCCCGCAGAAGAAUGCACACCACACCCCCUCUUCCUGCUGUGUGCUCUACACUCCCCCCACCAAAAUUCCACUGCACAGACGUUACCUCGCCCCCCCCCCCCCCCAACCCCAGGAAUCUUUUGGCCACAGGAAAUAGGAAAAAAUCAGAUGUGUGUCUGUCUGUGUGUGUAUGUAUGCAUUUUUUAUGUGCGCGUUCCCACUUGGGAGUCCAAAUCGCGCGUGGUCCUUCUCGGUUGUGUAACCAGCGUGCACCAACACACACACACACACAUGCACAGGAGGGGAGGGGAUGUGGCUUAAGGAAGGCAGCGUGUAGUGGCAGGUGUGCGGUUUUUGGCUUGGACACAUUUUGCAACCCCAUGGCCAGCAGCAGCCACACAUGCUCGAGCACCUCGCGCUUUUCCCAGGCCAUGACGGGGGUUUGUAUGCCGAAAUGGAAGCGAAAGUAUGAUUUGAAAACAAAAAAACAGAAAACGGCUGGUGUUUCGUGUGUCGUAUUUGAAAGAGCAAACUUAACGCCACUUCCUUUCUAAGCAAAACAAGACAGAGAAACAAAGAAAAAAAAUCCCAGAUCACAAAUUGUGAAAUACGCAUGGCAGGAAGGAAGGAGAGCCCGCGGCGCACAGUUGGUGGAGGUAAAGGAGAGGGCGGUGGGAGUUAGCUAAAACUUUUUAUCUAUAAUAAUGUGGCCAAGAGACAUGUUGUUUCGUACCGUGGUGGCAAGAAGAGGAGACAGGAGGAGGGAGUUUGGAGUAUGUGUUUGAUUUUUGAUUUUUUGUGCAACCUGAGAUUGAGCCGUUUCCGGGGACGUCAAAAGCGUCCAGUUUACACGGGAUAUCUCAGAGAGCAAAGCGAGGGAAAGCGAGGAAACUAGUUUAAUAUGAACAAACAAAGCAAAGAAAAAGUCGUCUUACAUCAUUACAUAGAAGCAUCAACAAACGAAUCUAGCGCAGAAGGUUCCCUCUCGGUGUCCCACAGUUCCUCAAAUUGGGGACAGGGAUUAGGAACAGCGACUUCGCACGACACGAACACCACCACCACCGUCGUCGAAGAGGGAACUUUCUGCGAGCACAUGGUUUCUAUGCGUGCAACGGAAAGCGCAAAUGUUGCGGUUCCAAAGAGCGCACCCGCAACCGCCACUUGGGCGGGCAGAAAAGAACAAACAAACACGCAAAAAGAAAACAUCAAAUGGAAAUUAUUACUCUUGUAAAAGAAAAAAAACAACAUCUUGAGACACAAAUCGUUGUCGUCGUCGUCGUCGUCGUCGUCACCGCCGCCGCGGCGGUUUAAUCAAACAAAAGAGCAAAACACAAACAAGUGAACAAUGUCAAAAUAAAAAGAGAAGAAAAAAAAACCUUUACAAAGCAUGGAUGUUGCAAGGGAAAGGGGAGAAAAUGAAGAUUUUCCCGCGGAAGGAGCGCAAACAACACACAAGAGCAUUGUUAAAGGGAAGGAGAAAAAGAAACACUCAAACCAAACAGUCCAACAACAACAGCAACCAACACAUGCUCACAAAACACACCCACACUCUCACACGCAUACAUACAUACACACUGUGAAAGAAAGCAGCAUGCAAACAAAAAAAUGUAAAAGGCGCGCGCGGUCUCAAGCUGCUUUCGCUGAGAGGAAUCAACGUAAACCGAUCCCCGAACCCCCAGAAGAGAGAAGAAGAAGAAGAAAAAACAUUGAAUUCGUUCGCGCCACUACACUACAAUACUACUGGUUCCGUGAAAUAAGGCUACUUUGUUUUGCUCUAUUCGUGAAAUAAUAAAACGUUGUAAAAACCACUGA